CGGACACGCAUUCAUGAGGAGGUAGCAAGACUUGAGCUCACACACACAAACACACACACACAGACACACACACCAGAGAUACCACCUUCCCCUAAGACAGAAACAAAGUCUGCCAGUGCGAGCCAAAAUGUCAGCCCCUGUCUCCAGCCCUCCAACGGGCGUCUUCGUCCCAGUGCCUACUUUCCUGAAGCCUGCCUCCGCAUCACAAGGCCUGCAGCCCAAAGUCGACGUUGAGACACAAGCCAAGCACUCAGUCUUCCUGGCCAAGAAUGGAAUCCGUGGUCUUGUGCUUCUCGGCUCAACGGGAGAGGCCAUCCAUCUGAACAAGCAGGAGCGGUUCGACUUGAUUGCCGGCUGCAGAAAAGGCCUUGACGAUGCAGGCUUCCCAGACUACCCCAUCAUGGCCGGCGUGCUCACCAACGGUAUCGACGAGACCCUAGAAUGGCUACAUGACUACGCCAAGGCCGGCGCACAAUGGGGCCUCGUGCUGGUCCCGGGUUACUUUGGCGCGGCGGGCUCGCAGGCCAACAUCCAGGAGUGGUACACCAUCAUUGCAGACAACAGCCCCAUCCCCAUCCUGAUUUACAACUACCCGGGUGUCACAAACAAUGUCCUGGUAACUCCUGAGACUUACUCGGCUCUGGCUCAGCACCCCAAGAUCGUGGGAUGCAAGAUGUCCCACGGCAACGUGUCUUGGCACGUCCAAGUAUCCCUCGACCCAGCGAUCGACCACAACAAGUUCCGAGUGUACAGCGGUUUCGGCCAGCAACUUGGACCCAUUGUGUUCUUCGGAGCAGCUGGAGUCAUCGACGGUCUGGCAGCUAUCUACCCAAAGACAGUGUCACGAUUGAUGGAACUCUCAGAGAAGAGGCCGAUCGACCCAGACACGCUGGCCGAGGUACAGAGGCUGCAGUACGUCGUAAGCAAAGCAGAGGAGUACAUCGGCAAGACUGGCAUCGUGGGAAUUAAGGAGGCCGUCUACCGUGUCACGGGCAUGGGAACUCUGGAGGGCGGCAGGCUGCCACUGAAGGGAAAGCUGGCGGACGGGGAGUGGGAAAAAUUGAGCAAGCUGUAUCUUGCUGAUGUCGAGGCGUCGGAGAAGAGCCUGUAGAUUCGCAUGACCAAGGCAUGAGAGCAUUCGAACGAAGCAUUGGCCAGGAUCAAAGCAACAGGGCUCCUCGGCCAUUGAACCCGUAGUAUGCAAUGCCGUGAUGGCAUUCGCAAGGUUCUACAUGGAUCAGAUUUGUCGCAAA